UUUAAGUUACAUUUUCAAACAAUUCUCAGCGCUGCACAGUCAGUUUGGUUUGUUUAAGAAUUGGAAAUUACGAAAUAAAAACAAAAACGCUCAACAUAUUAAGCAAAGUGAAGUGAACACACACACAGAUAAUUAAAUAGAGAGUAGGAUGGCCAGUAUUACGUUCAAGGGUCGUCCAACGGUUGUGCUACGCACCUAUCAAGUGCUACGCAUUGGGAAUAAUCUAAAUGACAAGCAGUUGGAUUUCUGUCUGGAUGAUAAAUCUGUGGAUAAGCUGCAUGCAACAUUGACGCGCAGCGAGCGUGGCCUCUUUUUGGUCAACGAGAGCAGCCAUGGCAGCGUAAGUGUGAAUGGCGAACGCUUCAGUGGCCCCAUAUUGAUUACCUAUCGAGAUGCUAUCAAUGGCAUUGUCAGCUUGCGUUUUGGACGCACCGAGGCCACGCUGCUCGUAUCGGGCAGCUUGGGUGCCUAAGACUGAAAAGCGAAUUUGGUUACCACAUGUAUUUCGACAGAUUGGAAAUUGCUGCAAAACCACCAACAACAAAUUUAUAUGUUACACUCUACUACGA